GCUUUUUGGCGGUCGAUUUCCUUUAAAGUUUCCGUCGCGCGUUUCUUUUCAAGCCAAUCUUUUGACUCUUCUUCUUGCCUCUUCCUGUUGCGAACACAUGUCCCUUGAAUGACAUCACUGUAGCUAACUAAACAGCCUACUCCAUUUUCACGCCCACACUCGUAUCAUUAUUUUCCCAUCAUGAGCAACAAAGACCGUGUCUUCAUUGCGGUCUACACCCGUCCCGGCUCAUCCGAGCUCGAUUCUUUAUCCCCCACGCGCUCUAAACCGAAACCCCAAAAUUACCGCUGGGGCAUCUGGGUAGAGCCUAAGAACAGCACCGGGGCCGGUACAUCCUUCGACCUCGAAGAUUCCGUCGCAUACUCAUCAGUCACUAACCCGUUCGGCUGGCGCUUUCAUUUCGACGACCACAAAUCACCACCACCGCGGAUGCUAGGGCGGAUAAUGAUUGGGAAGUUGCCGGAAGGAAUGAGCGUGACCGAUGUCACGAAUAUUCUGAAAAGGGUACCGCUGCCCUGUGACCCUGGAAGUGCGAUUACUGAUGUGGUGAUGUGGAUCAAGGCAGUGAUUGAAGAGCUGCAGGAGGCUGGAUAUGCGGAGACAUUCUCAAUUGAGACGUUCAUGGGUGAUGCACUGGCAUUUGCGACAACAUGGCACUCGAGGAAUUCGCGAGACAUCGAGAAGGUCAACUACACCUGGAGUCGAGCAUUCCCUUGAAAGAUCUAAGAGGCGACAUUUCUGAUCGACAGAUAUCCCCCCAAAAAUUCGGCGAUCUGUGACAAAUCGCGCUUCAACUUGCUGCGGUCUAGUUGCCGUGUUCAUUCAACGACCGAGGACAGAGUCGCAUCUUCACAGGGGAGGAUAUACACGAGAGGGGACAGACGUAAUUGAUGUAGCUUGGCUGCCUAUUUGAGUCAAGAGCCUUGGCCUUAGCCUUUGGUGUGCGAAACUCCAUCCAAAGAUCUUCAAGGCGGCCAGCUUCUGCAAGUGAAAUAACGCUAGACUGCCGUCAUAUCCCGAGAAGCUUCGUGUUCCGGAUGAAUCUAGCCAAUACCUUCUCUAGUCCCCAUGGCAUUAGUCAGCACCCUGGAAAUAUCAGAGCAACGGAACUUGGCCGUUUGCUAGCAUUAUUCAAAU